GUUAAAUGUUGUGAACUUGGGUAUCCUUAUACACUCAGACCCAAUAAUAAGACAUUGUUUGCAAAAUGACCCAAUAAUAAGACAUUGAAGCGUAACAAAUCAGAAAACUUAGAACGCUUCCAGUUGGGGAGGUUGUAGAUUAGGGAUAUAGCCCUAUUUCUCCAUCUUCGUCGUUUCUGUUAGAUCUCUCCGAUUCGCUUCAGAUCUCUCUCGAUCCGCUUCUUCUCGGCGUCACGGCUAUGGAGAAAAAAAUGAAUGAAACUCCACCACUACCUCCAGAUGAUGAUGAUGAUCUGAGACGUAUCAUGUUGGAGAGGCUUUCAAUUACCGCCGCCAGAGGCGGGUUGGAGAUGGAGGAGAAGCUGAAGACCAUAUUUUUUGGCCUUGAUAUUCCAUCAUGCAGCUUUGUGUUCCCCAAAGGUCGUGAUCACCAUCUUUACAAGCAGAAAAUUGCUGAAUACACUAAGUCUCCUCCUCUUCAUUCUCCUCCUCCUCCUCUCCCACCAGGCCUAGUUGCUCAAUGCGAUUUUAAGUCUAGCCUCACGGAGCAAGUUGCUCUUAACCACGAACUUUUUGCGUUUAAAGUCCGAGUCCCUGAAGGAGGCAUGAGUCCCUGAAGGAGGCAUGAUCGCAAGGAGCUUGCUAUUAUUAAGUUCACAGCCCAGUUUGUGGUGCGGUAUGGGCGUUAUUUUUGGUGGGCUCUGCGGGAUAGAGUGUCUACUGAUACUCAGUUCAAGUUUCUGGAUAAGGGAGGUCCAAGGUAUCACUUUUUCUCUCGUAUUUGUCUUCAAUUUGGUCAUCUAAUAAGGGCUUGGGAAGAUCCUCCGGCUAGUAUGGAAGCUCUUCUUGAAGGUUUUUUCACUGCUUUUAAUGCUUUCAAGAAAAAGCUAGAGGAUGAUGAGGAGCUAGUGGACAAGGUUAAGACUGAUAGGCGUGAUUUUGUGGUUUGUGAUGAGUAUUUUGUUGACCCCGAGAACAAAGCCCUUGAACUCAUUCCAAUGGCCAUGAGGCAUCCUCCUCUGAAUGAACACCAUUCUCAGGGUACAUUCAGGCUGCCGCCUGACCUUAUCUUGUUUAGAGUUAGGAUCCCUCAAGGAGGCAUGAUGCGCAAGGAGCUUGGUAUUACCAAGUUCACAGCCCUGUUUGUGGUGCGGUAUGGGAAUGAGUUUUGGGAUGCUAUGUGGGAUAGAGUGUCUACUGAUACUCAGUUCACGUUUCUGAAAAAGAAUCAUGGAAAUGAUAGAGGAAGGUAUACGCUUCUUUUCUCUCAGUUUCUGCUUGCGUAUGGUAAUGUAAUAAAGCCUUGGGGACUGAUGCCGAGAAAGAGUAACCCGCCGGCUCGUAUGGAAGCUGUUCUUGAAGGGUUUUUCACUGCUUUUAAUGCUUUCAAGAAAAAGCAAGAGGAUAAGGAGGACGAGGUAGUGAACAAGGUUGUGGUUGUGACUGAUAGGCGUGAUUUUGUGGUUAGUGAAGAGUAUUUUCAGUAUUUUCUUGACAUGGAGGAGUCUACUCCUCGACCUGAAAUGCUUCUUCCGCGGCGCCAAACGGGAUCUCUGUCAACCACCACCUAUACACGAGGAAGCAGAGGCAAAGAGAGGAAAGCCUGAUGAGUCAGCAGCCCUUGUUUCAGAAGAAGAGUUUCUUGCUCAACAUCCGGUAAUGUCUUCAUAACAUAUUUUUUCGUCUCAGUUGUAUCUAAUUAGCAUUAACCGUUUUCAGGGGUUCGUCUCAGUUGUAUCUAAUAAGCAUUAACCAUUUUAGUAAAUAUUGCUUACUUUCCUGUCUUUUCUUCUCCUACUCCUAGUAUGUUUAUGAACUCGUCGGCUUCCCCUAGUGCUCGCUGGCCACGUUGUCUGGAGUUUUUUGCUCAUUAUUAAAUAAAGCUGCCUUCUCA